AUGGAGCUCGCAACCGGUGUGGCCGGUCUGAUUUCACUCGCCGACAUUGUUAUUAGCAAGACGAUCAAGUAUAGCCUCGAGGUCAAGAAUUCGACAACGAGUAUUACAACAUUCUUGGCAGAAGCAACGAGCUUGCUCGGAACCUUGAAAGCUAUCGAACACACAUCCAAAAUAUAUUUGGAACACAAUCUUGUCAUUGAAUUUUCGGUGCAAACGCAUAUCGACGGGUGCUAUCACCUCCUCGAACAAAUUCGCAGAGCUCUCAAAGAACCCGAUCUUCAUGAAGGACGUUUCAAAAAGUUGCGACGCCAACUAUUAUGGCCAUUUGACUCUGCAAAGACGAUGGAUCUUGUAACAAGUCUUGAAAGGCAGAAGCAAUCUCUGAAUCUUGCAUUCCAUAGCGAGACCUGGCUAGCAUCAAUCAAAAUUGGCCGGAAUCAGUCUUCAGAUAUCAAAUCAUUGCACGAAGCUAUCCAGGACAAACACCUCGUCGAAGAACAUGAGCGGAUUUAUAAAUGGCUUGGGGACGUUGACCAUGACAAUUUACAGCAAAAUGGAAUUGAUCAACGUAAACAUCUCAUACACCAGACGGGGAAAUGGUUCAUCGAGGGUUCUCACUUUACGCGUUGGCUGCAGACAGAUGGGGCCAAACUUUGGGUUCAUGGCAUUCCCGGGGCAGGGAAGACAAUUCUGGCGUCCACUAUCAUCGAUGAGAUUAAAAGCCGGAUUCGAUAUCAAGAGACAGCAGACAUGGAGCCGGAUGUUCUUGUGUACUUCUACUGCGACUUCAGAAAUGAGAAAACCACAGUGGCUUGGAACAUCGUUGGGUCGCUAGUGAAACAGCUUUCACAACAAAAUCGACAAUGCUUGCACCAACUGGAAGACUUUUACAGCUUAUAUAAUCCUAGAGGCGAAGCAACGAAACCUUGCGACGCCAUGAAGCUUUCUCAAUUACUUCAAGAUAUGGUGAAAAGUCUCAGUAGCAGCGUGUUGGUAGUUUUGGACGGCUUGGAUGAGAUUGAACACUUGAGGGUAGAAGCCGUUGAACUUUUACAGGGCUUGUCUGCUAUUACCUCGCCAGAAGACUAUGCUUUAGGCGAUCUAUCCGGAGAACAGCUUCAUUCAAGGUCAAGCAACACGUCGAUGGCCGACGCCCCUGGCACCAGCAUCACGCUAUUUGGCUUAGACAGGACCACAGAGACAUGCCCUCCAGAAAUUCCACCUACGUCACAGAGUUUAAGCAGGAGACCGUCAACUACAGUUCGAGCCGUAGAUGCUGGAAGUCAGUCUCAUUUGCCCUCUAUCAAGCUUCUAUUUCUUAGCAGGACGUUGACCGAUAUCGAAGCACGUCUCCACGGGUUUGAGCCGAUAAUCAUCGAAGCUAGACUAGAAGAUUUACGUCUAUACGUUGCAUCAGAGUUAGAUCACCGAGUUUCGAAAGGAAAACUAAAAUUUGGAAAUCCGUCGCUCAAAGAAGACAUCCUCGACAGGCUUGUCAACAACUCCCAUGGCAUGUUUCGUUGGGUUGCUUGCCAGAUAGAUUUCAUCUGCAGCAAGCCUACAGAUAGGAUGAAAAGAGCUGCGUUGGAACAACUUCCUCGAGACCUCCCACAGACUUAUGACAGAAUCUUGAGAGGAGUGGACGAAAAUCACAUGAAUCUUGUCCACAACACACUCCAAUGGAUCAUCUACGCGGCAGAACCUUUACCUAUCUCCGCUUUACAAGAGGCACUCGCAGUCGAAGAUCAAGACAUCGAUUACGAUGAAACGGCAAUGGCUAACGAAGAUAUCCUCCUGCAGUGUUGCAGUAGUCUUGUCAAAAAAAGUCAGUCGGCAACAGAUUGCUUAGAGCUUGCUCACUUUUCUGUGAAGCAGUACCUUCUCUCGAUUACAUCCCAGUCGCCUCCCGAGAUUGCGGUCUAUCGAAUACACCAAUUAGGAGGGAAAUUGUCGCUUGCAAGAACAUGUUUGACAUAUCUCAAUUUCGAAAGUUUCGAGAGAGGACCCGCGAAGACACUAGACGAAUACCAAGAUCUCGUACUCAAACACCCUUUUAUCCACCAUGCCAGUCAAUACUGGUACUAUUAUGCUGAAGAUCAUUUCACCAAUUGCGAUAUCAUGAGGGCCACCCAAAGGCUUUUUGCCCCUGAAAUCACAGGUCAAUUCAGACUUUGGAAUCAAUGUGCUUUGAUGGCUGAAAACAAGGCUGAAAACAACCCAUACAUGGAUAUGGAAUGCGCGAGAUAUCAGGAUUGUAUGGAGGCAUCUCCUCUUCAUUGGUCAACAUUGCUUGCAUUACCCGAAGUCUCGGAAUAUCUUCUUCAGGAGUUUUCUCCAAAUCUCGAGAGCGGCAUUGGAAUGCCUGUUCAUUGCGCCCUUAUAGGAAGAGGUAUUCUUCAAAAUAUAUCUGUUUCAAUGAUAGACCUUGAAAGCAGGAUGUCCAAUCCAGAUAUGCAAGCGUUCCUGAAGCAAGUCUACAAAAAGGAUGCCAGCUUCGAUAUCAAGAAGCUACAAGCAAUGAGCGACAAAGACUUCCAGGAUCUUUUACUUAGCUGCACGUCGUCUUUUCAAAGAAAAAUAAUCAAAAGUGUGCAGAACCAGAAAGCUAUUUCACGCGCCGCUACCUGGAGUUACGGCGCUAUAGAACACGACUCGCAACGAGCCAGAUUUAAGACUGUCAGGCUACUCAUCAAUCACGGUGAUUUUUCUAACUCCGAAUGGGCAUUUUCAGGACUUGAUGCACUCGACUUAGCCCUCUUUAUCAGCAGCGAAGAAGAUGACUUUGUGGGGCAGCUUCUUCUAGCGGGUGCAAAAAUCACAUCUGAAACAAUUCACCUUGCCAAAUGGCUAGUCGACAGCGAACCUGAUGGUGUCAAGCCAGGUGUACAGGUUCUUCUUCGCCAUCAAAUCGACACCUCCUUGCCUGAAUCGGACCAAGCGAUGUUUUUUAAGAUGGCAGAAGAUUUACGAACUUUCGAGACUGAAGUCACUACCAUUACGGGUAAUCAAACUCUCAAGGCUACAAGUAGUGCCAAGGAGAGAAUAUUAUUUGCAAAGAGUUUAAUGACAAAUGUCAAGCAAGGCGUCACCUCUAAGGUUAAGUUGCGGCUUGAGCAGCUGGAGGGUAGUCCCUUAGCGGACCAUUUCUCUGACCAAGUUCAAGAAGCCUUCCAUAUUGCCGUGGAAAAAGGCUGGCGAGAAGUCAUUCUCUUGUUUUUGGAAUACGGGGUUCGAACUGAUCGAACGGCAUUCUCCUGUGCGGUAAAGAACGGCGCUUCGAGAAUCGUCGAUAUGUUGCUUGACCACGAUCCCAAAAUUGCUCGCCAAGAGGAUCUUUUUACUGCCAUUAAAAUAGGAGACCAUGAUAUAUUCUUUUCUCUAUUGAAUAUAGGCAUUCAUACUACCUCAGUUGAUGAAGAGAAUAACCUUCCUAUACACAAGGCUUUGAUAGUUGACGACCUAGCUAGAAUGCCUGGUCGUGAAAUUAUCAUCAAUGAAUUGGUCUCUCGAGGUCCGUUAUUGACUGCGGCGAACUCAAAUGGUGAUCUGCCAAUCCACCUUGCUGCCUGGCUAGGCCUUGAGAAAGUCGUUCGGAAUUUCAUGGAGCGAGACUCACCAUUCGACACCGAAUGCAACUAUGGCUUUCGCCCUACUCAUCACGCAUGUUUCAAAGAUUCAGCCGAUACCUUGGAGCUGUUGAUACAAAGAAAUGUGGAUGUCAAUGCCAGGCGAAACGGGGUUGGACAUGCGCCCUUGCACUGUGCCGCUAGGUCUAACGCGCCCCGCUGUACUCAGGUACUUAUCGACGCCAAAGCGGAUUUGGAACAACUCAAUGCCUAUCAAAAUACCCCGUUAACAGAAGCUUCUAUUAUGGGCUCUUGGAAGUCCGCAGAAGUACUCAUUCGAGCAGGCGCAAACAUCCAUGCAAAGUCCUCUAAGACAAGUUCGACAAUCAUGCACAAGGCGUCAGAAGCGGGAGUGAUUUCUAUAGUCGAUUUGGUGCUUGAGCAGCAGCUAGAUAUUGAACUUCAGACCUCGAAUGGAAAGAACGCCUUGUUUCUUGCUGCUGCAAAUGGUCACAUUGAAGUUGUUGAUACUUUGCUCCAACAGAAUGCCCGGGUUGACGCAGGUCGCGAAGGCUGUGGUACUCCUCUACACGAGGCCAUAUCGGGCGGCUUCACAGAUAUAGUAAAGCUAUUGCUGGAUCACGAUCCCAAUCUGGAAUGUCUCAACUCUGAGUUUCAGAGCCCCUUGAUGCUAGCUACGACGUUAAAGGAGCGGAAAAUCAUAGAGAUGCUAGUUUUGAAAGGAGCUAAUGUGAACUCCAUAGAUAGUCGAUCGGGCUAUACCCCGUUUCUUUCAGCUGCGAAGCAUGGUUAUCCUGAUAUUGUCAAGCUAAUGAUUGAUCAUGGAGCCAAUGUCAACGACAGGUCAGAAGCAAAAUCGCAGAAUACCGCCGUUAUGCUCGCUUCUACGUCGCAUGGAGAGAGCUUAGCUACCGUCAAGAUUUUGGUGGAGAACGACGCAGAUGUAAAGACCAAAACCGAAACUCCUAGUGGUCUAUUCACUGCUCUGCUUAGAGUCUUGGAUGCCCAUGUGAUUGAUAAAAUUGCAGCCGAAAUCGUCGAAUAUCUUCUAGAGAAAGGGGCCAACGCUUGUGAUACAUACCCUGAUGACGGCACGACGGUGCUUAUGGAGGCAGUCAAGAAGAAGAAUACCAGGAUUGUCCGCGCUCUACUGGCCAAGGGUGCUCAAGUCAAUAUACAGACAGAAACGUCGAAAGUUACUUCGCUCUUUCUCGCCAUAUCGACUAAUCAGCCUAAUAUGUGCAAGAUACUGCUUGAUAAAGGCGUAGAUUUAUCUCUCACCGAUGCUAAGGGAGGAACGGUCGCUCAUGCUAUUGCAAAAACUGCAAAUAUUGAGAUUAUGAGGUAUUUCCUCGCUCAUAGUGUUGACUGGAAACGUUCAGAGGGCGCAGAGUUCCUUGAUCUUGAUAAACAGACUCAAUUUGGAUUAUCUCCUCUGCAUGUCGCUUCUGAAUAUGGAUUCGCAGCCUUUAUUGCGACCCUCUGGGAGCAGAAACUUCUAAACGACCCAGAUGUUCCAUGCGGCGAUGAUAUAAGAGCGCUUCAUUGGGCAGCUGCUAAUGGCCACCCAGCAGUCGUUGGAGCUCUGCUAUCCAGAGGGGCUGACAUUAAUGCAGCUACAAGGAUAAAAGGCCACACUCCACUUCAACUAGCUGCACUUAAUAAACGCUCUCGUUGUGUGGAUAUCUUAAUCCAAAAAGGGGCAUUUGUCAAUGUUCGAAAUAAACUUGGUAGAAGCGCAGCAGAUCUCACGUCCGAACCUGGAAUAUCGCAAGCAUUAAAGUCUGCAUCUAUUAAAGAAGAAUCGUCCAGGCCACGCAACUCCACGUCUCAUGAUGGCAUAGCGACAGAAUCCGGUGUAUCUGAAGAUCCUCGAGCUCCUGAGCUCAGAAAUGCGUGUCAGAAGGGUGAAAUCAUCAUGUGCCGUCAGCUGCUAUCGCUGGGAGUAGACCCCAAUGGGGGUUCCGUUGACGGUUGCUCGCUCUUGCAGAUUGCCAUCCAAUGCAAACAUGAAAAUAUUGCAAAUUUGCUCAUUGAUAAAGGCGCCGAUAUCCAUCGACAUGCUGGUCCGAAUGUCGAAGAACAUGGAUAUCAAGCUAUCCACAAUGCGGUCUGGCACGACAUGGACAAAAUUAUUCAAAAGCUGCUAGAUAAAGGUGCGCGCGUGUCAGACUUUGGGCUAGAGCCUGUUCAUAUCGCCUCGUUCCAAGGCAAAUCUAUGUCCUUGACGAAACUGCUUGAGUUUGAAUGCGAUCAGGCCGGUGGAUCAGCUCAACGAAUGCUUAACGUUCGAAUUAAAGAGCAAAAAGAAUAUCCAAGGAUGUGCCUCGCUCCCGAGAUCUAUGCAGCAGGUAUGCGCUCAAAUACCACACCACUUCAUUUAGCUGCUUUGAGGGGUCAAAUCGACGCUGUUUCUAUUCUAAUAGACUAUGGUGCAAAUGUUGAUUGCCUGGAUGGUCGUGGCCGAACUCCUUUACAUCACGCUGCUGGUAAUAAUCAUCUUCAGGCGGUAAAGUUAUUAUUGGAUAAAGGAGCAAACAUAUCGCCCCGUGAUUUAUUCGGAAAGACUCCUUUCAUUUACGGUCUGGAUGGUGGAAAUGCAGAUAUUAUAGACGAGCUGCUUACUCGAUCUGUGGACAUUACAAUGACUGAUAUGCUCGGAAGGUCAGCACUGCAUUAUGCCGCGAAGAACAGCAACCUGAAAAUGCUCAAGCACCUAUAUGAAUUAGGACUCUCAUUUGAUCAUUGCGAUACAUAUGGAAUAACGUCUCUGGAAUCUUUAAUACAAUCCGGGAUCUUUUUCAACGAUGAGGUGAUAUUCUUUAUCAUUGACCAUAGCUCUUUAUUAGCAUCACAGCGUAGCGAAUGUGCAAACCUACUAAACAUAUGCACAUUUUCCGGGGAAAGCAGACUCACCAAGCGUGUGCUUGAUCGUUUCUCAGAAGAACAACCGAAAGAAGCUUUGCAUUCUUGUAUCAACAACUACUCCACCUUCUAUGGCACACCGCUGUAUUCUGCGAGUUAUCAAGGCGUAGUUGAAGCGAUGGACAUUCUGUUUAAUGCAGGCGCAGAAGUGGUAUCUGCUAGAGGCCCCUAUGGAAAUGCGCUGAACGCGGCGUGUGCAAUGGGCAGAGUAGAUGCAACCAAGUGGCUUUUGCUACAUGGCGCUGGGCCUGUGAGUGACGAGGCUAUGCAAUUAGCAUCUGCUUACCCAUCGGUGAUAAGAAUCCUGAAUCGAUACAAGGACUUGGGCAUAGAAGGACUUGAUGAAGAACCGAUCCUUGUUCUACCGAAACGAUACCGUCUAGUGAAGGUGGAAGAACUUCCGGAACCUAAAGAGGGACCAGGGAAUUCUGUUGGUCAACCGCAAAUCACCAUGACGGAUGGACCACCUUCAGAUAAUGUGGCCGAGCUAUCUACCAGCCAAAAGGGCGACAGCAAUUAUACAGAUAAUGAGUCGCCAAUACCCACAAUCACACCAAUGUUACCUGCAGCCUCCACGCCAGGAUCUGCGAAUCUCGAGGAUUCAGAAGAAGACCUAGAGGUCUCGAGAGUUUCACCGCCAUCUCCUAUUACGCCGCCAUCACUGCGCAAGACAAGCUCAAAUUCGACUUCGACUCUUGAUGAAAAUGUGGAGGAAGCAACCCCACUUGUGAAAUUGGAGAUAGACUCCUCGACUUCGUACACUGAUAAAGACACUGAGGCCGCAACUUCACAUUGA